CGUACAAUUCUAGAAAAUUUAUCUGCAGAGUUUGAGCCACUGUUCCAAUGAUCAUAUUGGCAAUAUUGGAACUAAGCUACCUGUUAUCACACUGUAACUGAUAUUAACUGGAAAAUUGCCAUGCUUCUUCUUUGAAGCAGACGAACGUCUGGGGUUCGAAGCAAAAAAGCGCUUGUUAAGCAGGUUAACUGAACUUGUAACUAAAUUUAAGCCUAUCUUCUUUAAGUAAUGAAAUUCAACAACCUCAUUCGUCGAAAAACUUCGACCUGACCCACAUUUUAAGGACGAAAUGUUUUAGUGUGAUCUAAAAGUACGGAGUGGGCUGACUGCCUUUGCUAGUCGCAUACUGAUGCAUUAUAGUCUUUAAGAUAUGCUCGACUUUUAGAUGAAUCUUCUAGACGGAGACAAUGAAACCCACCAAAUAUUGUAAAAGCUUGCCGAGGGCAUACCUAUGGUAGAACAAGUUGACUUCUUACCCGUCAAAAACUGCUCAAAGGUGAUAAACAUGCUUAUAUUUAAUAAAUUUUUCCUGUAAUGCACUUGGUUAGAUUAUUAAAUAGAUAUAAGGUAGUGUCAUAUGCUCUGAUAUGUAAUUUUUUUACUGAUAAAAAAAACGAGGGCUGAAGCCAUUCGUCGUCAUAUUAAAAUCAUCAUCAUGAAAGUAUAAAUUACAGGUCUGAUCGUCUAAUAUUAAUAGUGAUAAAAUGAUAAUUAUAUAAGCUUUCUUGUGCAUUAUUUAUGUUCGUUUGAAUUACAAAUAAGGUGUAUCAAAGCUCUAAAUUUAGUAAAUCGAAAUGCCAGCCUCGUAAUCAACUAGGAUAACUUUAAGUGUAUAUGCAUAUAACUUUUGUACAAGUCACAAUGAUUAAACAUGAACAGAGUAUAUGGAAAAGACUCAGCAUGUACCUAAAAAAAAAGUCAUCGUUAUUAAUUUCGACAAAAACAAAUGAACAACAAACUCCCAAUUGUCCUUUAUUUAUGUUCGUUGUAGUAGCAGGCUAAUUUAUUGAAGUUUUCCCUUUAAAUGUGAAUAUAUUCAUUAUUUUGUUCGCUGUUACUUGUAAUCACUCCUAGAAUUCGGAAAAAGGAUUAGGUUUACUUAGGACUUGUUUGUUGAGUUUAUAGCUCAAAUUAUAUAUAGUGAUUUUCAAUGUUUUAAACUCAUAAUUAUUUAUGCCACCAACAUGUUUUGCCCACAGAUCCAUUUUCGUUAACAACUAGACGAUUGCAUGUUGAACUUUAUGUCCAACUGGAGCAUGACUUAACAGAUGCCGAUGUUCUUUCCCGUUGUGUGCACUUUGAUUUGAACCAUUUCCCCGAAAGUCUACCUAUACCAUUCUAGAAGUUGGCAUUAGGAUAAUUCGGAGAUGUUUUGGUGCGUAUUUUAUUGAUGGCUGCUACUGUCAGCUUCAUUAUCGCAGCCUUCGAGCAAAAUUUUUCAAAUUUUGUCGAGGCCUUUAUCAUUUUGACCAUCUAAUCUUUCAUUACCAUUGUCUGUGUUUGCCAAUAAAGACAUGCUGAAGACGCAGUUAAUACUCUGAAAUAAUUUCUACCUAUAACAGCUGUUGUGGAUUGGAAUGAAAAGUGGGUGACAACAAAUACGUAAAAAAUAGUUUCAGGAGAUGGUGUAGAAGUUAAAAUUGCCGAUAGAGUGCCUGCGACAUUCUUGUACUGGAAAUUCAAAAUACCACGGAAACGGCUUUAUUCUGCUUGCUUCAUUACUUUCUCUAACUCUUCAGUCAAAAUAGAUUGAUUCACCUGUGAAGUUAUGAGCGCUUUGCUGCUAAUAUGGUUUUCGGUGGAGCAAUCAUAGCGUAUAGAAAAGAAUGUGGUGUGGUUGUAAGACAGGCAUAUCAAAUAAAAUCGAUCCAAUUGAAAAGAAUAUUUGCGAUCAAGAAGACGUGGAAACACCUCUAUAAAGAAAGUUGAUGAGUUUGGGUUCCUUCUGUUUAGGGUUAUCGGUUAUAUUUAUCUAGCAGCAUUUAUGGCUAACAUGUAUCACUGGUUUUACACUUAUGGUGACUCUAGAAAUAAAGCUUUGUGCGAACAGUAUGUGCAGACAACUGUUCACUAUCUUAAAGUGUCUGUUAUACUUACUGUCGCAGCCGUUCCAGAAGGUUUUCUAGCUGUGGUAAUAGUAUGGCUAGACUUGUGUGCACGACGCAUGGCAUAUUGUAGCCCAUUUUCACGAGACUUGCCCAGCGUGGAGAUUAUGGGUCGAUGCACUAUAAUAUGUUUCGGUAAAACGAGUAUAUUAACGACAAGUUGUGUGUUUGUUGUAGAUGUCGUGACCUUAAGAGUUCAGUCUGAAGAAUUGAGCGUUUACGAUUUAGAAGACUCCAAAUAUGAAAUCAUUUUGAAUUCUGUUACUCGCAGUGGAGCUCAAGUUAUAAACCCCCUGGCAUGCAACGCAGAUCUGGACAUGCUUUGCACUGUGGCUGUUUUCUGCAAUGAGUCUAAUCUGUAUCGUACUGUUGUUCUGUUCACUGAUUAGAUUGACGAGUCGACUGAGGCCACAUUGCUCCUCAUAUGUAGAAAACUGGCCCAAGCGCCCGCAGCAAACACAACCUUAAGUCCGCCCUUAAAUGAAUUCUGUUAGCCAAACAAAGGCUUGGAAUAAAAAGGCAACAUUCAAAUUUAUGCGCAUGUGUAAGCUUAUGUGUAUGUUGUAUAUCCAAGUUGAAUCCUACGAUUAGGAACCACUUUGUAAAGGUUGCUCCUGAAGAAAUUUAAAGGUGUAGCUCUCGGUUGAUGUUGGUUAAUGGAAAAAUAGUUCUGCCUGA